ACACACUAGUACAUCCACGCUAUGGCGCUUGAAAGUGCAACUGCACGCAUCUUCCUCGCCGCCUGCAUCUUCAUCCUCCCAGUCUUCUUCUUGUCCCACCAUGUUGCCGCCGCCACUUCCUUCAGCUUCGACUUCUCAAACCCCUCCAAGUACAGUUUAGGAGAUCUCCGGUUCGAGGGCGACGCCGCCCUCAACGGCGACCUGGUUGACCUCACCUGUAAUUCCAAGACCUCAGACUGCAGCGGCCGGAUGUCGUAUGACCACCCGGUGGCCUUCUACGACAUCAAAACCGGCGAGGUGGCCAGCUUCAGCACCACCUUCACCUUCACCAUCAAGAUGUGGCCCAGCACAACUCUAAAGGGGGACGGUAUGACCUUCUUCCUUUCCGGCUACCCCUCAAGCUUACCGUCGGGCUCAUACGGUGGUGGCCUUGGCCUGACCAACAGCGCCAAAACUACCCCCCCGGCCGGAGCCGACCGGUACGUCGCCGUCGAAUUUGACACGUGGGCCGACGCCUGGGAUCCAACGGAAUCCUACAGCCACAUCGGCAUCGACCUCAACUCCUUGACCUCGGUUAGCACGACGAGGUUGAAGAGCUAUGACCUCACCGGCACCAUGACGGCGACCAUCACUUUUGACAAGGACACUCGGAUGCUGGAGGCCACCCUGACCUAUGGUGCCGGUAAUUCUCUUGGCACUCCUAAUUCUCCUGCCACUGCUAGUGUCAAGACGCAGUUACCAGAUAAGCUCGACGCCUUGCUCCCGCCUGUGGUGGCCGUGGGGUUUUCGGCGACCACCGGUAUCAACUCUGAGCUGCACCAGAUACAUUCCUGGUCCUUCAAGUCAACUUUGGCGGCAACAGAAACACCUACAGGAGCUACCGCGGAAACACCUACAGGAGCUACCAAGAUCCUUCCAGAGCAAGAUGGGGCGCUUGACACAAAAGAAACAACCACGGGAUCUAACACAAAGCAAGGCAAGACUCUAGGCGUCAAAGGUCGUAAGAACCAAGCGUUGGUUAAAGGAGGAUUGGCGACACUCGCUUCGGCCCUGUUGUUGGCAACCUGGUCGAGCCUGUCAUCGUGGAAAAUGAAACAAAAACGCCAGUCCUUUGGCAAGGGGAGUCAGGUUAAACGACUGGAGUACAAGGACCUGUCCACGGCGACUUGCAAAUUCUCCGACAAGAACAAGAUCGGAGCGGGUAGCUCCGGCCAAGUAUACAAAGCGGUUCUCAGGAACAAGGAGGUGGCAGUGAAGAAAAUCCUCCAGGACUCGCAGGGGAAGUUUAAGGACUUCCUCGCGGAGCUGGGCACUAUUGGCGAGACAGGCCACAAGAACGUGGUGAAGGUAGAAGGCUGGUGCUGCAGCAUAAGCAACUUCAUGUUUUGGUGCUUGGACAGACAGAACAUCCAGCUCUUCAUUGUCUAUGAACUUGUGACUAACGGUAACCUCCACGAGCACCUGUACGAUAGGAAAGAAGUACUACCAUGGGCAAUGAGGUACAAAAUAGUGAAGGGCUUAUGUUCUGCGCUUCAGUACCUCCACCACGACCGCCCGAAAUACAUCUUGCACAGAGAUAUCAAACCAAGCAACAUACUCCUGGAUGAUGAAUUCAACGCCAAGCUCGGCGACUUUGGGCUGCCGAGGACUGCCCAACACAAUGACGCAUCAUCAGUGCGGCCGACACAAGUUGCCGCACGCUACAUGGAUCCGCAGUGCAUGAAAGAUGGAGAUGCCAACCUGCGCCGCAGCUCCGACGUCUACAGCUUUGGGAUCGUCCUGCUAGAGAUUGCGCAUGGGAAGUAUGACGCGGCCCUCUUCCAGAAACUGCACACAGGUCUACCACAGACGUUCGUAGAGGACUUUGCUGACGAGAAGUUAGAUGACCAGUUUGACAAAGGGGAGAUGGCGCGUGUCAUCAUCCUCGGCCUCCGAUGUUCGGAACAAGAUGUGAGCAAACGGCCUUCACUCGAUGCUGAAACAUUGCGAUACCUCGAAAAAGGCGGAGAGUUGCGCGCUGCCAGGAUCCAUGAAGAUGAACCCCACCCUGCUAUUGCCCCUGUCUAGCUACAUGUCCUCAGCAACCUAGAUCUUAAUAGCCACUUAUCUUUGCUUUCACGUCAUCGAGACUUGUAUCAUGGCUGAGCUUGUUGCUCUGUUCUCCUGGGCCUUUUCUCUUUCCUGUUAAUUAUUUCCUACUCUAAGUGGUAGUACUUGAUAUUUCCGUUGUUUAUUUCCCAUUUCCUGCUGUAAGUGAUACUGGUCAUUUCAGUGGUGCUUAAUGGCACAAAUCGGUUUAA